AUGUCGAGCACAUCUAUCCCUCGCGAGAACAUCUCAGAGGGGUCAAUAAGUGUCUAUAUCAAACUCCUCGAGGCUGACGAGCCAUGGCGAACGCUCUUCCACGACCAUGAAUUCUGUGCAAUCGAAUCCGAACCUCUCGUGCAACAAACUGUCGGAUACCAUGAUCUCGCCGUCCUUACCCAGGUAACCGACUCGCAGUCCAGCUGUCGCCCACUGUCAUCACCACGCGUCACUCGUCACCGUGCCGCUCAUCCAACGACGAGGACGAAAGUCUUCAAACAAGACUGCGAACAAGCUCGUUGUGUUGAUCAAGCCACCGACGUUUAG